AACACGUCAACUGUCUCGAACACUUGGAUUUAAGCGAAACAUCUGCAUUUCGAAUGUAAAGGCGUGUUUAGGAGUAAGUAAUUGAUAAACUAGUGGCCAUCUAGCAAGACGGACUUUGAAGCCAGCCAGCUACCUAGCAGUAAUCCGCUACAAUAACAUUAGCUUUUCACCUAGCUAAAUAAUGUCAAGCAUGUGCAAGUUAUGAGCGGUAUGCUAAGCUGCCGAACAAAGCUAGCAACGCUGUAGUUUGUUCAUAGCUACGUACCUAUUCAAGAUUUCUGGCUUAUUUCUUCGAGUCCAUUUGAAUGAUGAACUCCUCUGAUGUUGUGGAACUUACCCAGCAGAUAAAUGACAAAAUAUCUGCUCUCAGAACAAUCUUGGAGCUACGCACAAUUGCCAAAGAAAAGGACAAGCUUAAUAUUUUGGUGAAGAUAGGAAAGGAUAUCAUCGCCAUAAACGGACUCCUUGAUACGCUCGAAAAGCAUGUUUUUAAACAACGAGACGUGCUGAACGGCUUGAAGGAGCUUGAGGAGUUCUUCCAGGAAGACUUGCGUGAUGGACAUCAUCUCCGUGACAACAUGCCCCUGCACAUGCCAAGGAAGGGCCUUCAAACUGCCAAACCUUCAACCCAGAGUCAGCAAGAUGUGGCCCAGCAAGGCCGGGAGCAGAACCCGCAGAAGAAACCCUCUCGCACCCAGAUCCGUGAAAUGGUGUACAUCACCACUGAGGAGUUCGAAAGCAUUCCACAGUACAUGAAGGGUCGUGUGACGUACACCCAACUCAACGUAGCGGUACAGAGCAUCAACGCGGCCGUGACGGGGAAAUACAGCAUCUUGCAGCAGCCGCUUAAGAGCCUGACUAACGCGACUCGCAAGCUUCACCAGCGCUUUAAAGACGAGGAGACCAAGGACACCAAGGGUCAUUUCUUUGUGGUGGAGGAAGACAUUCGGGAGUUCACACAGUUGAAAGUGGACAAGCGCUUCCAGGGCAUGCUGAGUAUGCUGCGGCACUGUCAGCGUCUGCGUGAGCUGCGUGGAGCUGGCCACACCCGCUACGUCCUGCUGUGAGACAGCACCUGCCACCCCAAACACCCGCUACGUCCUGCUGUGAGCCAGCACCUCCCACCCCAAACACCUGCUACGUCCUGCUGUGAGCCAGCACCUCCCACCCCAAACACCUGCUACGUCCUGCUGUGAGCCAGCACCACCCACCCCAAACACCCGCUACGUCCUGCUGUGAGCCAGCACCACACCAGCCCACACAACCGCUAAGUCUUGUUAUGCUUCUGCUCAGAUACAAUUUUCUUGAAUUUCUAACAAAUAGCCUGGCUGGCUAACUGGCUUUCACGCUUGCUGUCAAGGUUUUUUCUUGUUUUUUCUGAACAUCUCAAUGCUGCUUGGAUAUUUUUGUAAAUAUAAAUAUUAUGAUUGUUUGGUCUCAACACAUGUACAGUAAACUACAAAAACUCCAAAUUGGGGUCACUGUUCUCCGUUGACUUGCAUGCUAAUGUUUUUAGCUUCUCAUGUGCCCCUCAUCUUUGGCAAAGCCCAAACUUGCGCUUUCAGGACCUUCUCUAGGCCGGACACUGCAAGUUUGCCUUUGGCAUUUCUCCACUGCCCUUUGUAUAGCCUUUCACUGACUCUAAAGAAAUACAGCAUUGUACUCUGGUACUUUCUGUUAAACAAAGCUUGUUUACUGGAGGGCUAACCUUGGAAGAUUUAAACUAUAACUAUACUGAAACUAUAAAUCUACUGCGAAGGUUAGACUGCAACGCAUAAUUAAACAAAUGUAAAACUGAAAACAAUGUGUCAUUUUCUCUGUCUGAAGAUGUAAUUUAUUUGUGGUAAAAGAAAAUUUGUGAAUUUGUGAUGAUUUCCACCUUGAGGAUACAGCAAUACUAUACCACCACGUGCUCAAACUUAAAUCCAGGAUCACCCUGAUUUUAAAGGAAGUACGGAAUGUGACAUUUUGGAUCAUUAGGAGAAAGCAUCUCAAAAUAUACCAUUACACGGCAAGAUAGCGGUAACUAUGAGCAGUCCACUUCCGAAGCCAUUUUUAAAUACAAAAAUGAAUGAUACCAGCCAACAAUU